AUGUGCGACGAGCUCAAAGAGAACGACGCGCUCAUCCUCGUGCAGUGCAUGAAAGCGUUCCGGGUCUCGAAGAGCCAAACUAUCCCAUGCAUGCUGUGCGCGCUACCUACCCCGCACUUAAUGCGGUACAAGCUGCUGAGCUGUCGCUGCACCCAGUGCAAACAGGCAGCUCCGUACGCGACUUGCCCCUGGAAGGGCAAAUGCUGA